AUGAAGAACCUCCCUUUCAUAAUUCCCGCCAUCAUCAUAGCCGCUUUAUCGAUCAUCUUCCCCGCAGUUAAGGUCCUAGAUCUCCUCAGCUAUACCUUCGAACCAAUCAUCAAAUCUAUAAACUCAGUUCUGUCGACCCCACCACUCGGCACCCUCUUCGAAGACCCCACCUCCACAGCUCAGCUUCGAACUAACGACGACACCACGAACGAACCACUUUCUGUCCUCGAGAAUAAAGUAGACACGGACGGCGCACUUCCAGUGGAUAAUAUGUCUGUUUCGCGUGCGAUCCGGAAGGUUUUCCUUGCCUCCCAGCAGGCCGAGGGUGCUGGCGCAAAGGUGCGCCGAUCCAUUGGCACCCCGCAGCUUCGAAACUUCUCGCCCUUCUUGAUGCUCGAUCACUUUUCUGUAAAUCCCGGCGCCGGUUUCCCUGACCACCCUCAUCGUGGACAGGAGACCAUCACGUAUCUUCUCGAAGGUGGCAUCGACCAUGAAGAUUUUGCCGGCAACUCGGGCAGUCUCAACCCCGGCGACUUGCAAUUCAUGACGGCCGGCCGCGGGAUCGUGCACGCCGAGAUGCCGCGCCAAAACGCGGACGGAUCCGCCAACGUUGGCCUCCAGCUCUGGGUUGAUCUUCCGAAGAAUCUCAAGUCAUGUGAGCCGCGAUACCGUGACCUGCGCGCAUCGGAGAUACCCCAGGUCACAGUCGAUGAUGACAAGGUGACGAUCAAGGUCAUAUCGGGCCAAAGCCACGGCGUCGACUCAGUGAAGGACCUUGCGUACACACCCGUUUGGAUAUUAGAUGUGACGAUGAAGCCGGGUGGUAAGAUAACACAACCACUUCCGGAGGGAUGGAACGCGUUUGCGUACACUCUCGAGGGAGAUGCCCUGUUCGGAGAAGGGGAUGCCAAGCGAAAAGUCGAACAAUACCACAAUGUUGUCUUUGAGCCGGAAGGCCAGGUAGUUCAUGUCGAGGUUGAACCGACCGCGGCGAAAGAAGCUAGGUUCGUUAUCGUUGCCGGAACUCCGCUGGAUCAGCCCGUCGUUCAAUAUGGACCCUUCGUCCUCACUACAAAGGAUGAGGUUUACAAGGCGAUUAUGGACUAUCAGGGCUUCACCAACGGGUUUGAGAGGGCCCGGGACUGGGAGAGUGAGAUCGGUAAAUCAAUGAAACACUAG